AUGGUUUAUUCUUUGGGAGCUUUGUUACUGCUAUCGUCCGUAGUAAACUGUCGUCAUAUUGAAGCACAAGAAAAGGCCGGUACCAUUUCUGUGAACUUGCAUAAGAACCACAAGUCAGAGGUUCACAAUCUUAUUAAGCGUUCCAAGAAUGUGCCAGGUCCAAUCUUAAGACAUGACGAGGACUACUCUUACUACGUUGAAUUGGGAGUCGGUACACCACGUCAAAACGUGAAGGUUAUUCUGGACACCGGUUCUUCGGACUUGUGGAUUCCUUCCAAGACUAACCCAUACUGUUUGCCAAACACUGCUGAGGCAUUGGCUAAGAGAGCCGUCACGCCAGACAUUGAUUGUAGCAUCAACGGUGUGUUUGAUGCCAGCGCUUCGACGAGUUUGAAAAAGACUGGGUACAACUUUUCCAUCGAGUAUGCGGACUUGAGUACCUCUGAUGGUUACUGGGCCCUUGACGAUGUUACAUUGAAUGGUGUUACUGUCGAGGGUGCUCAAUUGGCCGUUGCUGACACAACAGACAUCGAAGCUGGUAUUUUGGGUGUUGGUUUGCCAAGAUUGGAAUCCUUCAAGGGCUACCCAGGCGCUCCAAACAAGACCUACGACAAUUUCCCACAAAUGCUGAAGAAAGAAGGCUACAUCAGCAAGGUGGCAUACUCCUUGUUCUUUGAAAAUGGUAAUGUUGACUCUGGUACCUUGUUGUUCGGUGGUGUUGACCAAAAGAAGUACGAAGGCCAAUUGUACACCUACCCAAUGGUCAACAUCCACCCAUUCUUAACCAAACCAGCUGAAUUCCACGUGACUUUGCAAGGUUUCGGUUACAGAAGCGAAGCCAAAUGUGACGAAGGUGUUUACUUCCACGAAAAGGCCCCAGCAUUGUUGGACUCCGGUACCAAUGUUUUGCAAGCUCCAGAUUCCGUCGUCAAGACCAUUGUUAAGCAAUUGGAUGGUGAAUGGUCCGAAGAAGAUGGUUUGUACGUCGCACAAUGUCCAUCCAGCACCGACGACACCACUUACUUCUUCGACCUCGGUGAAGUCAAGAUCAAGAUGCCUAUCCAAGACUUCUUCUUCCCACCAAAUGACGGCGAAACUAAGUGUCAGAUUCGUUUGAUCCCUGGUGAAGAUGAAUGGAUUCUAGGUGACCUCGUCAUGCAACACGCUUACCUAGUCUACGACUUAGAAGCCUACCAAAUCUCUAUCGCCCCAGGUAAGAAAACCACCGGCUCCAGAAUUGAAACCAUUGGUAGAGACGGUGUCAUCCCAGACACUGUGCUAUCCACCGCUUCUCCAUGGACCAUUGGUGGUGACAACACUUCUUCUUCUGCAUCAGUCUUCGAUUCCAAUUUGACUUGUACUAAAUCCAACAGCAAGAGAAGUCUACACAAGGCUCUUAUUGACCGUGACGUAGAGGUGGCAAACUCUGGUUCCCAAAUUGUUCGUGGCUCUAGCUUAUUGCCAGUGCUAAUGUCAGUGGCAUACGCCAUUGUUUCUUUGUUCUGA